GAGUAACUGACGAGAAUCAAUACAUAGAGCUGGAUAAAAAUGGCAGAAAAUAUGAAUUUUGUCCAAGUGGUUUAAACUUAAAAGGGCAUGGACUCAGGAACAUAAGGAAGCAUGGAAGCGUCCAUGACUUCCAAGGGGAUUAUCACAGGCCCCCAGAGGCGUGGCCACCUGCCAAUUUUGCAGAAAAAGGAUGAAGACAUUUUGGAAAAUAGUUCCUCGUGAAUGCAAGGAGAGAUGAUCGUCGGGCCAACCAAGACACUGUUUAUGGAUGAGAUAUCAACAGGUCUAGACAGCUCCACAACCUUUCAAAUUGUGAAGUGCUUACAACAGAUUGUCCACUUGACAGAGGCUACCGUUCUAAUGUCCCUCCUACAACCUGCUCCAGAGACUUAUGACCUAUUUGAUGAUAUCAUUCUCUUGUCAGAAGGCCAAAUUGUAUAUCAGGGUCCAAGAGUGCAUGUCCUAGAAUUCUUCGAGAGCUGCGGGUUCAGAUGUCCAGAGAGAAAAGGAACUGCUGAUUUCCUGCAAGAGGUUACAUCAAGAAAGGACCAGGAGCAGUACUGGGCUGACCGAAACAAGCCAUAUAGAUACAUAUCAGUUGCUGAAUUUGCAAAAAUGUUCAAACGUUUCCAUGUGGGUCUGCGGUUAGAGAAUGAGCUCUCAGUCCCUUAUGACAAGGCACGGAGUCACAGAGCAGCUCUAGUGUUCAAAAAGUACUCAGUCCCAAUGAGAGAGCUUCUGAAAGCAAAUUUUGACAAGGAGUGGCUGCUAAUUAAGAGAAACUCUUUUGUCUACAUUUUCAAGACCGUCCAAAUCAUAAUUGUAGCACUUAUUGCAUCAACAGUGUUUUUAAGGACUAAAAUGCACACCAGAAACGAAGAUGACGGGGCACAUUAUGUUGGUGCAUUGUUGUUUGGCUUGAUCAUCAACAUGUUCAAUGGUUUUUCUGAACUCUCACUUACCAUACAGAGACUUCCUGUGUUUUACAAGCAAAGAGAUCUUCUCUUUCACCCACCUUGGGCUUUUACACUGCCCACAUUCCUGCUAAGGAUACCGAUAUCUGUGUUUGAGUCUAUUGUGUGGAUGGUUGUUACAUACUACACUAUUGGAUUUGCCCCUGAAGCUAGCAGGUUCUUCAAACAGCUACUAUUAAUAUUUCUGACUCAGCAGAUGGCUGCUGGGUUAUUUCGGCUAAUUGCAGCAGCCUGCAGAACAAUGAUAAUUGCAAACACUGGAGGAACUCUAGCUCUUCUCCUUGUUUUUCUCUUGGGUGGUUUCAUUCUUCCUAAAGAUAAAAUUCCAGAUUGGUGGGGGUGGGGAUACUGGAUUUCACCUCUAACGUACAGUUUCAAUGCCAUGACUGUAAAUGAGAUGUUUGCUCCAAGGUGGAUGAACAAAUGGGCUUCCGACAAUGCAACAAAAUUGGGACUGGAAGUAUUAAAGAACUUUGACGUCUUUCCUGAAAGAAAUUGGUAUUGGAUUGGUGCAGCAGCUCUCUUGGGUUUUAUAUUUCUUUUCAACAUCCUUUUCACGUUUGCCCUCAUGUACCUUAGCCCUCCUGGAAAACCACAAGCUAUCAUCUCCAAAGAGCAGGCAAGGGAGAUGGAGGAUGAUCAAAGAGAAGCAAUGGGAGAACCAAGACUGAUAACAACCAAGUCAAAGAAAGGAGAAAUGGCUGUCCUGCCCGUGCACACCCAACCAAGUAGAAAUUUGAGCAGUAGAAAAGAAGAUACAAGUCUUGAGGCAGCAAGUGGUGUUGCUCCCAAGAGAGGAAUGGUUCUUCCAUUCACCCCACUUGCCAUGUCAUUCGACAACGUCAAUUAUUUUGUGGACAUGCCUCCUGAAAUGAGAGACCAAGGAAUCACAGAGGACAAGCUCCAAUUACUUCGUAGUGUAACUGGUGCAUUUAGACCAGGAGUCUUAACUGCAUUAAUGGGGGUCAGUGGAGCAGGAAAGACUACCCUAAUGGAUGUUCUGGCUGGACGCAAAACAGGUGGUUACAUCGAAGGUGACAUAAGAAUAUCUGGAUUCCCAAAGAAACAAGAAACGUUUGCUAGAGUUGCAGGGUACUGUGAACAAACCGAUAUCCACUCACCUCAAGUAACUGUCCGUGAAUCAUUGAUUUAUUCAGCUUUCCUUCGUCUCCCUGAAGAAGUCAGCAAGGAGCAAAAGAUGAUUUUUGUCAAUGAAGUGAUGGACCUGGUUGAACUAGACAACCUAAAGGAUGCUAUUGUGGGACUUCCUGGAAUAAGUGGUUUGUCAACAGAGCAGAGAAAGAGAUUGACCAUAGCAGUUGAACUAGUUGCCAACCCCUCGAUCAUAUUUAUGGAUGAACCAACUUCAGGCCUUGAUGCAAGAGCAGCAGCUAUUGUUAUGAGGACUGUGAGAAACACAGUGGAUACAGGGAGAACAGUUGUUUGCACAAUUCAUCAGCCUAGCAUUGAUAUUUUUGAAGCAUUUGACGAGCUUCUUUUGAUGAAAAGAGGAGGGCAAGUCAUUUAUGCCGGCCCUCUAGGGCGGCAUUCGCAAAAAAUCGUGGAAUACUUCGAGGCAAUUCCCGGAGUCCCAAAAAUUAAAGAGAAGUACAACCCAGCAACGUGGAUGCUAGAAGUAAGCUCAGUUGCAACUGAAGUUAGACUUGGAAUUGAUUUUGCUGAAAAGUAUAAAUCAUCGUCACUAUACCAACGAAAUAAGGAUCUAGUGAAAGAGUUGAGCAUGCAUCCUCCGGGAGCAAAAGACCUUCAUUUUCUGACACAAUAUUCUCAAUCUACAUUUGGGCAAUUCAAAUCCUGUCUGUGGAAGCAAUGGAUGACUUAUUGGAGGAGUCCAGAUUAUAAUCUUGUCAGAUACUUCUACUGUUUAGCUGCAGCACUUAUGGUCGGGACAAUCUUUUGGAGAGUUGGAACCAAAAGGGAAAGCAGUGGUGAUCUGAUGACCAUCGUUGGGGCUAUGUACGGUGCUGUUCUUUUUGUUGGGAUCAACAAUUGUUUAACAGUACAGCCAAUUGUUGCCGUAGAAAGAACUGUAUUUUACCGGGAAAAAGCUGCAGGGAUGUACUCUGCAUUGCCUUAUGCAAUGGCACAGGUGUUUGCGGAAAUACCGUACAUACUUGUUCAAACAUCAUAUUAUACACUUAUAGUGUAUGCCAUGGUGGGCUUCGAAUGGACUGCAGCAAAAUUUUUCUGGUUCUACUUCGUCAACUUCUUCUCCUUUUGCUACUUCACAUACUAUGGAAUGAUGACUGUUGCCAUCACACCAAACCACCAAGUUGCAGCAAUCUUUGCAGCAGCAUUUUACGCACUUUUCAAUCUUUUCUCUGGAUUCUUCAUCCCAAAACCAAGGAUUCCAAAGUGGUGGAUAUGGUACUACUGGAUUUGCCCGGUGGCAUGGACUGUCUAUGGACUAAUCAUAUCACAAUACGGUGAUGUAGAGGACACAAUUAGUGUCCCUGGGAUGAACUUUACACCAAAAAUCAAAGAUUAUAUCCAGGAUCAUUUCGGAUAUGAACCAGACUUCAUGGGACCAGUGGCUGCAGUUUUGAUUGGUUUCACUGUCUUCUUCGCAUUCAUGUAUGCUUACUGCAUUAAAAACUUGAACUUCCAAAUGCGGUAAAAAAA